CGCUGCUCGACCAGGCUAUGCGGGCGCAGAGUAUAUCUACGCUGCCAAUGCCGUGCACGUUGCAUGGCCAGACCAGACCACACACGCCCACGACUGCCGCACCAUCUCGGUCUCGCUCCUCCUUCCUCCUUCCUCCUUCCUCAUCUCUCCCUCCAUCCGUCGUCCCUGCUCUGCCGCCCUAUUUCUGCUCCUGCCUCUUACCCAUUCCGUCCAUCCCUCCGUCCCUCACCUCCAACAGCCUUCCCUCCCUCGACACCACCCAUGUGUGCUCACGAACAAGAAUCCACACGUCUCGACACGGACCGCGAAGCCAAGUUGAACGACAUCUCCCAGCAGCUCCAGGUCAUGCACGAGAGCAGCCAUACCGUCGACGACAAUACCACCACAACCCAAGAAGGGGCUUACUACGGCGACUUCUUGCAAUCGAUAUCCAACGACAUCACACACUUCCUAGCCCAUCAGAAGACCAAGAAGCCACCCGUCCAGCCCGAUCGAUGUCAUUCUCACGACGAGGUUUCUACUCGAAUCACAAAACGUAAAUCCGACAAGAACUCGACCAAGCCGCGGCCGAAACACAUCAAACGAAGAAACAGCAGUCCUCCUUGAAUUACAACGGACCGUCUGAAAGCAACGACAGUUCCCUAUUGGAAUGUUCAACAUGACACCGUCGUUCGCAGCAAUGCUGUCGGUCACUCAAUCGUCGACCAUCGACUGCCUGGUGACCACUGCCGCCCAAAACAACUGCAGCAUGUGACCUUGCACCCAAUCAACAACGGUCGUUCGCCAAUCAUCCACAAAGACGGAAUAUAUCGCCGGCAUCGGCAAAACUUGCAACUUCCAAAGUGAGGCAUUCCUGGUCUUUCCAACCGUCCUCCGUUGAUGGCUAGCCGUGCACGAUAAAGCAUCUCUGGAUAAGCAAGGAUGACCUCGAUAGUGAUACCAAAAGGAACAUCCCAGCUUCGAGCCGUCUCUGAAAUCAACUUCGCCUCAUUUUCCAGAACACGAAUGCAAGAAUGUCAACCCUCGAAAUCAAUCCGGCGCUGUACAACGUCCGGGCUUGGCACAUGCAAAUUGAGUCAAUUCAUCAAGCAAGCCACGUCGGGAGUGAAAACAUCGUUGCCGAUUUCUAGGCAUCAACCACGUCGCCGACAGUGUUCGGGCACAAAGGAAAGUCGGAUCUUGUCUGGACUUUGAAACGAGUGAAUGGCGACAUGGGAUAUCAUAUGAAGCAAAUAUAAUAUCGCAGGAUCUGUGGUGGAAAGCAUGUUUGAAGCCACGAAAGUCUCAAAGAGGAAGUCAAACGCGAUACCAACGUUAAGGUGAUUUCUCGGAACUGCGACGGACUCAUCUUGUCAGUUGACUGUCCCGCUCAUUUCGAAACCCGUACGCACAGUAUGCGAUCAGUUGAAAGUGUGAGAUGGCAUCGCUCAUCGCGUGGAAUGAGAAACGAGGUACAGGUCCCCCAGCCGAAUGGGACAGAUAUCAAUAUGUCAGGCAAAUUAUGCAUAUACCAUAUGCAGAAACGUUGGAGCAAAGUCUGAGCUACUACAGAAAGAAGUUUGGAUGACAUGUUUCAUGUAGACCGAGUACGAAGUACGCGCAUCAAUAUAGGUCUUGGUAUCUCAU